GCGGAAGCCAAAUGCCCAAAACGGUAUAUGGUGGUGCUUGCGAUGGCUGAAACCGUGUCUGUUGCGGCCGAAUCUCUCACUGGUUGCAGGACGCGGGCGGCACGCACAGUACUAAAUCAAGUAGUGCUCCCGGGUGAGGAACUUCUUCUCCCGGAGCAGGAGGACGUAGAAGGCCCUGGUGGUGGAAGGGAGCGGCCGUUGCGCUUGAAUGCUGGAACACGCUCACGGGUACGCGUAGUGUGCGGCCCCGGCUUGCGGCGUUCUGGUGACCGUCUCCUGGUCACCAAGUGCGGCCGCCUCCGUCACAAGGAGCCCGGCAGCGGCAGCGGUGGUGGCAUUUACUGGGUUGACUCUCAGCAGAAACGGUAUGUUCCUGUGAAAGGAGACCAUGUGAUUGGCAUUGUGACAGCUAAGUCUGGAGAUAUAUUCAAAGUUGAUGUUGGAGGAAGUGAGCCAGCUUCUUUGUCUUACUUGGCAUUUGAAGGUGCAACUAAAAGAAACAGACCAAAUGUGCAGGUUGGAGAUCUCAUCUAUGGGCAAUUUGUAGUUGCUAAUAAGGAUAUGGAACCAGAGAUGGUCUGUAUUGAUAGCUGUGGACGGGCCAAUGGAAUGGGUGUGAUUGGGCACGAUGGUCUGCUCUUUAAAGUGACAUUGGGUCUAAUUAGAAAGCUAUUAGCUCCAGACUGUGAAAUCAUACAAGAAGUGGGUAAACUGUAUCCACUGGAGAUAGUAUUCGGAAUGAAUGGAAGAAUAUGGGUUAAGGCAAAAACUAUUCAGCAGACUUUAAUUUUGGCAAAUAUUUUGGAAGCUUGUGAACACAUGACAGCAGAUCAAAGAAAACAAAUCUUCUCCAGAUUGGCAGAAAGUUGAUAUAUGUGGACUUUUAAAAAAUUAUUAUUGUUUUUUUAAUUUACUAGUCAAGAAUGGUUGUGGGAGCAGUAUGUGGACUUUAACAGGCCAAGCUGAGUUAAGAAACUAUGGAUUUCCUGGGGAAAACAUUUCUCAGGUGAGCGUCUCACUAUUAAAUCUGCAGAAGACAAAAUAAGAAUGUGCAUGCUAUCUUAUUAGAGUCCUAAAUAAAAUAUAUUUGUAAAUUACUGGCUUUCACCCAUGCUCUUGGAGGGGAGAAAAUCUUUUAUAGAUUCACAAUAUAUUUUUUUGUUUUGCACAAUAAAGUGUACUAAAACGUUA